GUCAUUUUUAUUAUUGUAAUGGCAUUCAAACUAUUAUUGAUAAUUUAUUACGCGAGUGCAUUAACAAAUAUAGAAUCAGCAAGAAUUUUAGCAGUGUUUCCGUUUCCAUCUAUAAGCCACCAAGUUGUAUUCCGUAAACUUACACAAGAGCUAGCCAAAAGAGGGCAUGAUAUAACUGUGUUAACACCUGAUCCCGCGUUUCCGAAUGGCGGUGCACCUUCAAAUUUCAACGAAAUAGAUUUACAUGAUAUAUCUUACCAGACAUGGCAAAAAUUAUUUCAAGAAGACUUUAGAGUAAGAAAGAAUUUCAUUUCUUUCUCUGAGAUAAGGCGAAUGACUGAAAUAAUGGGUAUUCUAUUUAAAACACAGCUGCAAUCACCCAAAGUGCAAGAAAUUUUGACGAAUACGACAAAUAAAUUUGAUUUGGUACUAAUGGAAGCUAUAAUGCGCCCCGCACUUGUAUUUUCUCAUAUCUACAAUGCACCAAUAAUCCUCGUGAGUUCUUUAGGCGCCAUGUUUAAUAAUCACCAUAUUAUGGGUUCACCCACUCAUCCCUUAUUAUAUCCAUCACCGUUACACCAAAGAAUUUAUAAUCUCACUGUUUGGGAAAAAUUAGAAGAACUCUACAAUCAUUUUUCUACCGACUACGCAUUGUAUUUGAAUGAAGCUGAUGAAACUCACUUAAUUCGUCAAAUGUUUGGACCAGAAAUUCCACCAUUGAGUGAUCUUUAUAAUAAUGUUGACAUGUUAUUUAUUAACAUCCAUCCGCUGUGGGCAAACAAUCAGCCUGUUCCACCAAACGUUAUUUAUAUGGGUGGAAUACAUCAGUUACCUGAAAAAGAGUUGCCAAAUGAUCUCAAGAAAUACUUAGAAUCAUCAACACAUGGUGUUAUAUAUUUAAGUUUUGGAACCAAUGUUUUAUCAGGAAUGAUGCCACCUGAUAAAAUACAAAUCAUAAUAAAAGUUCUAUCCCAUUUACCUUACGACGUCUUAUGGAAAUGGGAUAAAGAUGAACUACCAGGAAAAUCUAAUAAUAUAAAAAUAUCCAAAUGGUUCCCACAGUCAGAUUUAUUAAGACAUCCAAAAGUUAAACUCUUUAUAACGCAAGCAGGACUUCAGUCUACAGAUGAAGCUAUUACUGCUGGCGUACCUCUCAUCGCCAUACCCAUGCUGGGAGACCAAUGGUACAAUGCAGAAAAAUAUGUGAAGUAUGGAAUUGGUAAACACCUGAAUAUAGAAAACCUUACCGAAGACAUAUUGAAAGAUGCCGUUGAAACUGUGAUCAAAGAUGAAAGUUAUCGGAAGAAUAUUGUCAGACUUCGUCAGUUGAUGCGUGAUCAGCCAGAAUCACCUUUAAAACGUGCAGUAUGGUGGACGGAAUACGUGAUAAGGCAUGGCGGAGCGAAAGAGUUAAGAGCAGCUUCGGCUAAUAUAUCAUACGCACAGUAUUUUGAAGUUGAACUUAUACUGGUUUUACUAGCACUGGCUUCAAUAGUUUUGGUUGCAUUUUUAUUAGCUAUUGUUGUGAUUGCUGAAUUAAAUUCAGCAAAAAUAUUAGCAGUGUUUCCUGUACCGUCAAUAAGUCAUCAAGUUGUGUUCCGUCCUAUAACUCAAGAACUUGUUAAAAGAGGCCAUGAAGUAACUGUGAUUACGCCAGAUCCAGCAUUUCCCAAAGGAGAAGCGCCUUUAAAUUUAACAGAAAUUGAUGUACACGAUAUAUCUUAUACAACUUGGCGUAACUCAUACAUGGAUAGCUACAAAGCUGACGGUAGUAGUACGAAUUAUAACGUUGUAAGACAAAAGUGGCCAUUGCUAUCAAAAAUAGUAGAAAUGCAGUUACAGUCAUCUGAAGUUCAGAAAAUUAUAAAUGAUAAGAAUAACAAGUUUGAUUUAAUAUUGAUCGAAGCUAUGAUACGUCCUGCACUUGUUUUUUCUUAUAUUUUUAAAGCACCAAUAAUUUUAGUAAGCUCUCUGGGUGCAAUUCUGAGUAAUCAAAAGGUCAUGGGUUUGCAUGCACAUCCACUGUUAUAUCCUUCAGCACUGCAGAAAAGAAUUUACAAUCUAACUCUUACUGAAAAGUUAAACGAACUCUACAAGUAUUGUUCUAUUGAAUUGGCUGACUAUUUAAAUGAAGUUGACGAAAACAAACUUUUGCGAAAAAUGUUUGGCCCGAGAGUUCCACCUUUGAGUGAACUCUAUUUAAGAGUUGACAUGUUGUUUAUAAAUAUAAGUCCCAUUUGGGUAGACAAUCAACCAGUUCCCCCAACUGUUCAGUAUAUCGGUGGGAUUCAUCGUAAAUCAGAAAAAGAAUUACCAAAGGAUUUACAAACAUAUUUAAACUCUUCAAAACAUGGUGUGAUAUACUUGAGCUUUGGGACAAACGCACUCGCCAGAACAAUACCUCAGGAUAAAAUACGGGUAAUUGUAAACGUUUUGUCGGAACUUUCGUACGAUGUUCUGUGGAAAUGGGACGAACAUAAAUUGCCAGGACAAUCUGAUAACAUAAAGCUUUCAAAAUGGUAUCCACAGUACGAUUUAUUGAGGCAUCCUAAAGUUAAGCUAUUUAUUACACAAGCUGGGCUCCAAUCUACAGAUGAAGCUAUAAAUGCUGGUGUACCACUUGUUGCUAUACCUAUGUUAGGAGAUCAAUGGUACAAUGCGGAAAAAUGCGUUAAGCAUGGUAUUGGAAAAAAACUGGAUAUAAACACUUUAACAGAAACUGGGUUUAGAAAUGCCGUUGAAAAUGUUAUUAAAGAUGAUAGCUAUAAGAAGAAUAUAAUAAAACUUCGCACAAUUUUGGAAGACCAGCCUGAUACUGCUCUUCAACGAGCCGUUUGGUGGGCAGAAUAUGUCAUAAGACACAGUGGAGCAAAACAUUUGCGCCCACCAUCAGCUAAUGUGUCUUUUACUGAGUAUUUUGAAAUUGAGGUGUUGUUUAUUAUGCUAUUAGUAGUGCUUACGGUUUUAGCAACAAUAUCCAUAUCAAUUAUAUUUGUUACACUUAAAAUUUUAAAUAGAUUUUCCAAACAAGAAACAAAACUGAAGGGCAGUUAAAGAUUUUUGUUGUUAUCUUUUAAUUCUCAUGAAAGUGUAUUGUUGUUUAUGUGUGUGUAUGCGUGUGUGCUUGCGUGUUUGCAUGUAUGGAUAGGUUUGCCUUUAUGUGUUCAGAUGCUUAAAUAAUAAUGAUAUUAAAAUUAAGUAUUACACACAAAGAAAACUAAGUUGGGUUGUAAUACUAUCCCAGGCAAAUAAUAAAUGAAUCUAAAACAAAAGUAACACAAUCCUAGAAUAAUAUUUAUCAUGAAUAAACGAUACUAGGUUAUAUCAUCGUAAUAAUUACAAAUAAUGAAAACGUAAUCAAAAUAUUAUAAACUAAGUAAAAUUAUUUUCAGUAUUAGUUGUUUUCUCAUUAUUAUAAAGACUUUCCAGCCUUAUUUGGUUGCUCAGUUUUUGUGAACCUAGACAUUGAGGCAGAUGUGACUCUACUACAUUUCUCAGGGGUAAUGGUUAGUGACGAUACAGCCUAAAGAGGAUUCUCUUUGCUUUGUAGGUAGGCAGUUGCAAGAAGGGAUAUUUUACCUAACUUUUUCUUGAUUUUAUAAAAUGUUGAUAUUUGCAAAACAAAUAUUUUUUAUUUAAAUUAAUUUUAUAACAAUAACUAAUUCCAGA